AUGCAGUCUAACCUCGUGAACACAGCUUCUAAUGCUACGCCUUCUUUGAAGAAAAUCAAGGAUUUCAAUGGCCGUAUGAAACCAGUUAUUCGAUCUACAAAUGGCCUCACCGAUUCCAGUCCACUCUCUGCCAAUCCAGUCACACCCAAAUUGAAAAGAAAGAACCAAAACGAUGACUUUUCCAUGUUCAAGACACCUCGCAUGGACUUGGCUUCAUCUCCUGGAGAUUACGCUACUGCCAACAAUACCUUCCAAAACUCCACCGCCCCUUCCUCAUCACCCACCUCUGCCAAAACAUCUGGAGCUUCACACACGGUCAUUGAGACCCUCAAUCCGAACGUCGAAGAGGCUGCUGGAGUCAAUGAUUCCGAGAAAAAGGCAUUCACUUUACUGUAUAACUUUGAUCCAUCAAAGUACAAGUUUCGUACCAUGUCAAUGAAGCUUCUUGAAAGUGCCGAUGUCCUUGACGAUCAAAUUGACACCAUGACCCGCUUAUUCUUGGAAACUGGCAAAGGAAAAAUGUCAAUUUUGGAAACCCCUGCGUCAGCUCUCAAUUCGAGAUGCACUGCUGCGGAAGAAUAG